UUUGCUUGACAAUGGAAGACUCUUUCGUUUCAAGGGGUGUCACCAAGUUCCACGUCACUUCAUCCCUCGUCUUCCUCUAUCACCCCGAAUAAUUAUAAUAUAUAAUACGAUCUAUCAUUCUCUUCCGAAAGAGAUUUCAAAUGUCUUCUAACGAGACUCCUUCCCUGCAAACUCAAUGGAGCUGGUACGAGAACAAAACCUUUGAGGUUGCACUCACUGAAUACCCAGAGGGAACACCUAAUCGCUGGCCCUUGAUUACAGCCAAACUUUCGGGAAAGAGUCUAUGUCAAGUUCUUGAUCAUUACCGGGCAUUGAUCCACGACUUGGAGUUAAUUGAUUCGGGAAAAGUGGAGACACCGAAUUAUAGAUAUGAUGACAAUUCUGAUAGAUCGAACAUGGCACCAAAGCAACACCCAACAACAGCACGAAGUGGUCGAGGUGAAGAGAGGAGGAAAUCCGUCCCGUGGACAGAGAAGGAACACCGGUUAUUUUUGAAAGGACUUGCGGCUUAUGGGAAGGGGGAUUGGAAGAACAUAUCUAGAAAUUCAGUGGUAACAAAGACAUCAAGCCAAGUGGCCAGUCAUGCACAAAAAUUUUUUAACCGUCGACAACAGAACAAGGAGUCCAAGAGAAAGAGCAUCCAUGACAUCACCGAUCCUUAGAUUUUCUUUUAUGACACGACCGAACCAUAUAUUUCAGAUAAGAUAAUUUGUGAUAUUAGAAGACUUCUCUUUAUUAGAUUAGUUUAACUCAGAAAUUGAAGCUCGGAUUAAUAGGAACAAGGUAUGAUAGGAGGUUACAAGUUAUGAAAAUUUAGUUAGACUUCAGUUUUUGUGACUCUCAAUGCAGAUGCUUAUGGUAUUAAGUUCAU